UUUAGAUGCCGGUUGGUUGUAAAUAAGCCUACAGACUUACCUUCGUGCAUUUUGGAAAGUUCAAAGUCCAGCAUAUUGUUAUUGUCGAAUUGUUAUAAAAAAGACUAUUGUUAACUAUUUAAAUGCUAAAAAGAUGCUCAGGACUCGUGUGAAAACCUUUGCCGCCCAAUGCACACGUCUUCAUAAAGUCAAACAGUUGGCAAACCAGAUAUUGAAAAAUGGACAGCGGGCAGUUUACAGUACAAAUUCUGGAUCGGAUUGGGAAUAUCUACAACGGAGUAUUGUUCCAACUGACUACUUCCAGGACAGUCUACCUCGACUAGCUAUUCCCAAACUAGAGGCAACAUGUGACAGCUAUCUUGAGUCCCAGCAAGUCAUUCUCACACCAGAAGAAUGGGAAACUACACAAGACUAUACAAUAAAAUUCAUGGCGGAAGAUGGAAAAUAUUUACAACAAGAACUACGGAAAUUGGACAAGAAAAACAAACACACCAGCUAUGUUUCCAAGCCAUGGUUUGACAUGUACCUGAAAUCUCGCCUUCCUAUUGUGUUGAACUUCAAUCCUUUUAUGUCAUUUGUUGACGAACCCCAACCUGAAUAUCGCACACAAUUACUAAGAUCAACAAAUAUGAUAAUAUCUUCAUUACGGUUUCUAAAAUCUUUGAGGGAAAACAUUUUGGAGCCUGACGUUUACCAUCUGAAACCUGAGAAAACAAAGAAUGAAAAAUUUGAUAAAUUUUGCAGAAAAGUACCAAAACGAUUUGCCUGGCAUGGUGCCUUGUUACACAGUAGACAGUCUGCAUUUCCUUUGGACAUGAGUCAAUAUGGACGUCUUUUCAACUCCACACGAAUUCCAAGAGAGGGUAAAGAUGAGUUUCUAACCGAUCCAGAAGGCAGGCAUAUGCUAGUGAUGAGAAACGGUCACUUCUAUGUGUUUGAUGUUUUAGAUAAUGAAGGCCAUAUUGAGAGUCCUGAGAAGAUUAUGGCUCACAUCCAGCAUAUUCUUCAAGAUAACCGGCCACCACCAGAGUUUCCUCUUGGCUACUUCACAGCAGAGAACCGCGACAAAUGGGCAGCUUAUCGGGACCAACUACUAGCUAAUGGUAAUGGACCAACACUGAACAAAAUUGACACGGCUUUGUUUGCCUUAUGUUUGGACGACAAGAACUCGAAUGAUCCCAAUGAUAUUACAAGACAGUUUCUGCAUGGAGAUGGCAUGAACAGGUGGUUUGAUAAGAGCUUCAGUCUCAUCAUGACGCCAGACUCGAGGGCAUGUGUUAAUUUUGAACAUGCAUGGGGAGAUGGGGUGGCUGUUCUACGAUACUUCAACGAAGUAUUCAAGGAUUCCACAGAGAACCAUUUUGUACAUCCCUCAACUACAGUCCCCAAUGCUAUUUCUGAUAAUGGAGUACAGAGACUAGAGUUUGAGUUGGACGCACCACUUAAGGAAGGGGUCCAGACUGCUAAGGUCAAUUUUGAUAAUCUGGUUGGAUCCCUCGACCUACAUCACCUGGAAUAUGACAACUACACCAAGGACUUUGUCAAAGCAAAGAAAAUUAGUCCCGACUCUUUAAUGCAACUUGCUAUACAGAUGGCAUAUUACCGACAAAACCGGAAGUUUGUAGCUACGUAUGAGUCCUGCAGUACAGCCGCAUACAAACAUGGACGUACUGAAACCCUGCGAUCUGCUACCAUGGAUACCAAGUUGGCUACAGAAAUGAUUGUUGACCGCGGCAACAAAGAGAGCCCUGGGGACCUCUUCAACGCCAUGGUUCAAUGUUCCAAAACACACGGGGAUCUCACAAAGAAUGCUGCUAUGGGGAAGGGAUUUGAUCGUCAUUUGUUUGCUCUAAGGACACUGGGGCAGGAAAGUAAUUUUUUUCCUCAUAAGGUAUUUGAAGAUCCGGCCUACCAUAAGAUCAACCAUAUCAUUCUGUCUACCUCCACACUUAGUAGUCCAGCUGUAAUCAUCGGAGGAUUUGCCCCUGUUGUUCCUGAUGGAUACGGAAUAGGCUAUGCCAUUGAGAGUAACAGAAUCGGUUUCAAUGUGACAAGUUACCCUCCAGCAACAAAUGUGCGUGAAUUCAUUGACUGUCUCCGAAUUAGUCUAAAUGACUUAUUUGAUGUAAUGAAUAAAACCAGCCCAAGGAGUUCUUCAUGAGCAGAAUUGUUUCCAUAGAUGUUGAAUAUUCAUGAACUUGAGUGGAAAGGAUCCAUUCAUGCCCCUUGGAAUAUUCAUUCAUUUUUCGUAGAAAUUGAUGUCCUGUGUGGAAAUGUUACAAGUUCUCAUGAAUAUGGCUGUUUCAUUGAUAUUCUAUUGAAUAUUCAUGUGUGGAUAGCUGAUGGAUGUUAUUUCAGAUUUCCAAUUUUUUUUAUGUGGACUAGAUGUGAAAUGAAGUGAUUACAAAUGCUGUUUAAAAAUGGUAUUUAAGAAUGAUGGUUAAUAACAUUAUUAUACAAAUCACAUAAUAUUCUUAUUUUCUUUGUAGAAGAAUCUUAAUUAGGUUUUCUACUAAGAAAGUGCUCCUUAUGAAAAUUUUAUUUUGACAACUGAACAAAAAGAAUUAAAAAGUGUUUUGAACGGAAAUUUGAAUUGAAACAUAACAAGCAAAACAAACAGAUUUUAUAUUUUUUUUAAUUUUUUUUUUUAGAAAAUAUAUUCAAUAGUUACAUAUUUUCAUUUUUGUCUCUGACAAAACAUAUAUGUAUGCCUUGUAUACAGAAUCAUAUAUAUUAAUAUGUAAUGGGAUUUUUUCAUGCAAGUAACUUAUUUACUGUACAUCACAGUUAUGAUGCAUACAUAUAAAUGAUCAUAAAAAUGUCAAUAAUUUAUUAGGAGUUGUCAAGUUGUGAUGACCAAACACUUUGCCCAGUUUGAUCAACCAAUUUUUGACCCCAGGCAUUUUAUAUAUUGCUAAAAAUAUACAUGCAACUACAUUUACAGUAAUAAAUAGAGAACGUGUAAGGAGGGGUCAUUGUGCAUUAGCCAAUAUAAUAUCUUACCUAUUAUCAAAAAUAUGAAAAUAAGAGGUAAUUUUCUAAGCUUACUAUUAUGUUCUAUCCACUGAGAAUGAUAAUAGGUUUGUAUUUCAAUACAGUUGUGAAAAAUGAUACUUUAGAUGCUUUAUUGUUUCAUCAGCAAUGAAAGAGGGACUACAGUGUUACUUUUCAGUGUGGCGGCAUUGGUGUCAUAAACAUCUCACUUUUACGUUUGGUGUUUAGGUUUAUUGCUCAAAAAUUACAAGUCCAUCUUUAACUUGCUUCAUGCAUAUGUACAUGUAUAUAGUUAGAUCAAAUAGUGCACAUCUCAACUCAUCCUUAAUUUACAGAAUAUCAUCCAGAAUUUAUUGUCUAAUCAUUUUUGAAAGCAGGAAUGGUGGUAAUCUGGACUUUAAAGUUUUGUAUUUUGCUCUAUUUCUCAAAAAGUAUCAGUGUUAUUUCAUCUUUAAUACUAGAGCCUGUUUCUUUGAUUGUGUUUAUUUAUAUUCAGAGUUUUGUACUAGAAAAUAUUUUGUUUUAACUGUGAUAUAGUAGUAUUCAUGUUUUUGGGAAAGGCGAAGUGUAUCAUUUCAUUUAAUUGCAAAAAUUGUUUUCUCUAGAUAACAGAGAAAAAAAUGUCUGCUUAAAUAUGAAAUUUUAUUUAUAUUGUAGAAUAUUGGAAAAAAACACCAAAUGUAUACAUGUAGGGGGGAUUUUGAAUAAGAAAUAAAGUGCUCAGUAUAAUUUGUAAA